ACAGGCACAAGAUGGGCUCUAAGUACCCACGGUCCCUCCGAUGCUGCCUGCCCCUGUGGGCCUUCGUGCUGCAGGUGGCUUUCAUUAUUCUCUUCUUUUUCAUCUCCUAUGACACCCCCCGAGUGGAUCAGAAGUUAAUGGAGACCUAUCAAGUCUUCCAGGAUUUGACCCUUAUGGCAGCCUUGGGCUUCGGCUUCCUUUCCUCAUCUUUCCGGAGACACAGCUGGAGCAGUGUGGCCUUUAACUUCUUCAUCUUGGCCCUCGGGGUGCAGGGGUCGAUCUUGCUGGAGCGCUUCCUGAGCUGGCCUUUCGUAAAGGAUGUGGCCAUCAAUCUGUUCAGCAUCCGGACAGCUACGGUGAGCACAAUACCUGUGCUCAUCUCAGCGGGCGCUGUCCUUGGGAAGGCCAACUUGGUGCAGCUGGCUGCGAUGGUGCUGGUGGAAGCUGCAGCCUUCAGAGCCGUCAGGCUUGUUGACAAGAAGUUCUUCCACAUGGAAGACCACAUAAUCGCGAUGCACGGGCAUGUGUUUGGGGCCUAUUUCGGACUGCUUGUGGCCUGGUGCCUCUCCAGGUCCCCGCCCAGGGGAAUGGGUGAGAAAGCCCAGACAGAGAAGGCUCAGAUGGCCACAAGCUCCAGUCUGUUUGCCAUGCUGGGCACCUUCCUCCUGUGGAUCUUCUGGCCCAGUUUCAACUCUGCUCUGCUGGAAUGGCCAAAUGAGAAGAAGACCGCUGUGCUCAACACCUACUAUGUCCUUGCUGUCAGUGCAGUGACAGCCACCUCCAUGUCAGCCCUGAGCCACCCCCAGGGGAAGAUCAACAUGGUUCACAUCCACAACGCAGUACUGGCAGGAGGCGUGGCUGUAGGUGCCCCGUGUUUCCUGAUCACUUCUCCCUGGAUUGCCAUGGUGCUGGGCCUCACAGCGGGGUUGAUCUCCAUUGGGGGAGCCAAGUGCCUGCCGGUGUGUUUGAACCACAUGCUGCAGAUCCAGAAGCACGGUGGGAUCCAUUAUACCUUUGGCUUGCCGGGUCUGCUCGGAGCAGUCACCUACAUUCUGCUGAUACAAAUGAACAACUACAGUAUAUCCCAGGUUACCAACCAGAUGAUCAAAGACUUUGGGGCUCUUAGCUUUGCUCUGGCAGUGGGAAUGGUGUCUGGACUCCUAACAGGUUGGCUCCUAAACAUCAAAAUAUGGAGGGCUCCCCACGCCAGCAAGUACUUUGAUGAUCAGGCCUUCUGGGAGUUCCCUCACUUGGCUGUUGGGUUUUAAGCAGAAACAUCUGAGAAUGAGGCCGAGCGUGGAGCUGCCCCUCUCCGUGCGUUCCCUUCGUGCUGGCAACGUGUAACAAGGAGGUCUUCCAAGUGGUGAUUUAAGAUAAACAAUACGUCUGGUUUCGUGACAGAUACCGUCAAUACUGGUGGCUGCAGACACCUCAUUAAAGUUCUGGCCCGUUCUGUCGACAACUGUUUGCUUCUUUUCACACUUAAUGAAGCCGCCACCCAGGUGGUUAACUGCUGGCUACAGCAGCACAGGAAGUGAUGGGCAAUACGGAAACUAGGAACCUCACGUCUGGUCACUGCACACAAGCUUUGGACCCAGCAGUUUUACAAGGUCCUCGGAAUCCCCCAGACUGUGCUGUGGAGCUGGUUAUGGGGUGAGGGAGGGUGCAAGCUCUCAAGUUCCUAAGAGGACUCAAAUCCAUCCUCUGUGGAUUUGUGAUGUCUUGGAGGAUGACACCAAAGCAGUCUUUUGUGUCCUGACAAGCCGACAUCAUUCGGACCCAUGGCCAGUAGGUCCACACACCUAAGCCAUCUGUGACACCAAUCAUGGCUCUCACUGGGCAAGCGCAACAGCCCAGUGAAGGCCAAGACUUCAAGCUCUGCUCCGAAGAAUCUGCAGCAUAUUGCGUGAGGUGGGAGCUGGGGGGUGGGGGUGGUGUGAGGCCAAUAGUUACAGUGAGGGACAAACUAUUAGCGUCUCUGGCAGCUGGUCCGUGUAGUGUAACCAACCGUGGGGUGCGCUGAAUUUAGGUUAGCUGUUGAGAGGUAAAAUGAAACACACAAUUCAAGUCAUUAUCAAAACAAAUUGUCAGACCAGUGGUGGUGGCUGGUGCACACCUUUAAUCCGAGCACUUGGGAUGCAGAGGAAGGCGGAUCUUUGUGUGUUUGAGGCCAGCCUGGUCUACAGAGAGUUCCAGGACAGCCAAGGACAGCCAAGGCUCCGUAGAAAAUCCUAUCUCAAAAAAAUCAAAAACAAAACAAAUUGUCACCUGAGCCAGAGACUGUCAAGUCCUAGAAAUUGUCACCUAAGAGAGUGUCAAGUCUGUACCCAUCAGGACCCUGUUACAGCUAGUCUGUGCUGUUACUCGGCUUCUCCAGUGCACUCCUGAUCUCUGGCAGGCCCUCAAGCCCCACUCAUGCCUGAACUAUUGCCAGUUUCUCCUUUCCUUCUGCUUGUAUUUAUUUCACGCGGAAUGUCUUCCUGUGCCACAAGCUUUUGUUUCUUUGGUUUCUUCUGGGCUGUCAUUCUCUGUACGGCCUCCUCUCCUGGCUCCAGGAAGUUUUGUCCCCAGCAAGGGGCAUCUCCAUUGGCUGGGGAGCUGCCGUGCAAGUUAACUAUGUAAGUCCGGUGCAUCUUGGGUGCUCAUUUCUCCUGGAAAUCUUGAAGGACUGAAGAAUCUACGUCCCAACCCUUGAGUUCUGCAGUACUCUGUUUUUAAGUAAACACAGUAGAAAGUCUGGGCCACUGACUGGGUCCAGCCCCACACUCCUGAGCACCCCUACCAAUUCUUCCAUUUUCCUGCCAGGAUGGCAUAUAUCACAUGUGAAAGGCGCUACCUUUCACAUAGCCAACAGUCGGGCAGUACAGGCGCUCUUAAUGGGAACAUAGGUCUGACGCUCUCACAGGCUCUGAAGGGUCUUCUGGUUCAAGAGAGUCGUGAACCAUUUUCACAGGUUAUCUUAAUUUACACGCUAAGGAAGCUGCAGGACAUCCUGGCAGAACCACACAAACCAUACCCAUGGUACCAAGAGAAAAACUCUGACCACUGAAUAGUUUUUAAUAACAAGAAACGUUUAUACGUUAUUCCACAUCUGACACAGAAGAGGGCGCGCUCAGUAAACAGACACUUUGGAUCCCAGAGCGAAUCCUCACCCCAAGGACUCUACCACUUCUCCAUAAUCGGCUCUUUAGACCAUGAUAGAAGCUGACAAAGUUACUCACGUCAAGUUUCCUUUCCCAUUGCAAAAGCGGGCCGGGUGACAGCACCCCAGACUGUUGCAGAGUGCACAGGAGCGCUCAUGAUUCUAGCAUUAUACAAUUUUAAGCUGAGAUUGUACUCAGAAAUAAGUUUAGAAAAUAGCAUUACAAAAGACUGGGUGAGCGGUGAAGAAAAACCAAUCCCAGGCAGGUUGGCCGUGCUGCGAGGCAGGGGUCUUCACUGCCACAAGUCCUCCGUGCGGCCGAACUUAAAAACCAGCCCUC